AAACAAUGACAAGUGGAGCACAGUUUAACACCGGUGCUCUUCUCUAAGUCGUAAGUCCGACGUUCUCCGACCGUACCUGAAGGCGUCACAACACAUCCACACCGUCCCCGCAGUCCACAGCACACACAGCCGCUACCUGCCAGGCGGAAUGGACGUACCCUCCAGUGUCCCCAGCUUCAGCCUCAGCCCAGCGGAGCCGCGGGAGAAGCCAGGCCCGACAUGACAGCGCCGGCACGGGAGAAGAAAGCCCGCCAGCAGCCGCGGUUGACCGUCCGGCUGGAGGCGGUGUGGGCUGCGGGUCGCUACGCCGUUCUGGCCGCACUGUGCGCCCUGUGCUACAGCAACUCUCUCCGCGGGGAGUUGGUGCACGACGAUGUGUGGGCUAUCAUCAACAACCCGGACGUCCGACCGGGCUCCAGCCUCAGAAACAUCUUCAGCAACGACUUCUGGGGGAAGAGGAUGGCGGACAACACGAGCCACAAGUCCUACAGACCGCUGUGCAUCCUCACCUUCAAGUUGAACAUCCUGUUGGGCGGCAUGGCGCCUCUGCAUUUCCACAUCGUCAAUGUGUGUUUGCACUGCGCCGUAACCUGCCUGCUCGUACACACGUGUGAACGCUACGUGUUUGAAGACUCCCGCCUGGCUUUCAUCACAGCGCUCCUCUUCGCCGUGCACCCUGUCCACACUGAGGCCGUGUCCGGUAUCGUGGGCAGAGCUGAUGUCUUGGCCUGUCUGUUGUUCUUGCUCACGUUCCUCUCCUAUAUUAGGAGUGUGGGUGUGUGUGCCUCUGAGGACUCUGUCCCCCCCACAGUCUCUGCAUGGUCUCUGUUCGUCAGUUUGUUGCUGGGCACCUGCGCCAUGCUGGUCAAAGAGACGGGCAUCACUGUGUUUGGAGUGUGUGCGCUCUAUGAUGCUCUGGUGCUCUGCCGCAAGCCUGUCAUCUAUCAUCUGUCCGGCUCCAGACUCAGGGACCUCCUCUCCAUCUGCAGCCCCUUCAUCAAACGAGCCUGCCUCAUCUCUGGCUAUGUGGUGAUCAUCAUGUCAGUCAGGCUGUGGCUAAUGGGAGGAUCCAUGCCUCUCUUCUCUGAACAAGACAACCCCGCCUCCUUCUCACCUCAUCUGCUUACCAGGAUCCUGACCUACUCCUACCUGCUGUCGUUUAACGCCUGGCUCCUGCUGGCCCCCAUCGUGCUGUGUUACGACUGGCAGGUGGGCAGCAUCCCCCUGGUGGAGUCGCUGGGCGACGUGCGCAACGUGGCCACCGUGCUGCUGGCCGUCGUGAUGGUUGCUCUCUGCCUGCGCUGCAUCUUCUCACUGCAGAGACAGGAGAGCAGGGAAGUGCUGGUUGGAAUGUUGUUUCUGGUGUUUCCCUUCAUUCCUGCCAGUAAUCUUUUCUUCAGGGUUGGAUUCGUCGUGGCCGAGAGGGUUCUCUACAUGCCAAGCAUGGGUUACUGCAUCUUGGUGGCUCACGGCCUGAGUCGGCUGUGUUCAGUGGUGGGUCGUUGGGGCACCACGGUCCUCAGUGUCUCCAUGCUGCUGCUCCUCCUGCUCUUCUCCUGGAAGACUGUCCAGCAGAACCACGUCUGGCUUUCCAGGGAGGCCCUCUUCAGGUCUGGUAUCCAGACUCUGCCUCACAAUGCCAAAGUCCACUACAACUACGCCAACUUCCUGAAAGACAGUGGUCGGCACCAGGAGGCCAUUCACCACUACACCACUGCCCUCAGGUUAUAUCCCCGUCAUGCCAGUGCCGUGAACAAUCUGGGCACUCUGACACGCAGCCCAGAGGAGGCUGAGCGCUACUACAGGAAAGCACUGGACAUCAACCCCCAGCAUAACCGAGCUCUCUUCAACCUGGGAAACCUCCUCAAGUCUCAGGGGAAGGAGAAAGAGGCUGAGGCUCUGCUGAAGGACUCCAUACGCUUUGGUCCACAUUUUGCUGAUGCUUACUCCAGUCUGGCAUCACUCUAUGCUGAACAGAAACGCUUUCCUGAAGCCAAUGAAGUGUAUCUGAAAGGCAUAGAGAACUGUCCAGACAGCUCCGACCUGCAUAACAACUAUGGAGUGUUUCUGGUGGAUACAGGAGAGGGGGAGCUGGCAGCCGCUCACUACCAGCAAGCAGUUCGACUCAAACCAGCACACUAUGUAGCCAUGGUGAACCUGGGCCGCCUGCUCCGAUCAUCCAAUGAGAAUAGAGAAGCAGAGUCUUGGUACAAGCGGGCGCUGCAGGUGACGAGGAAGGUGGACAUCCUGACACCGCUCGGAGCGCUGUACUACAACACGGGCCGCUACGAGGAGGCCCUGCAGGUGUACAGAGAGGCCGCCGCCCUGCAACCAGACAGCACCGACAUCUGGCUGGCUCUGGCCCAGGUUUUAGCCAUGGCCGGUCGUACCAAAGAGGCAGAGAAAAUGACCUUGGACAUCAUAGCCAGAGAAGGCAGCUGUAUUGAAUGUUACCGCCUCCUGUCUGCCAUCUACAGCAAGCGUGGAAACUUUACAGAGGCCCUGGAUGCUCUGGACAGGGCCCUGCAGCAGAAUCCCAGUGAUCUGACAGUGAGAGCAGAGCUGUAUUUCUCCAAAGGAAACCAGCUCAGAGAGAUGAACCAGCUGGACCGGGCCUUUGAGAGCUACAAGCUGGCUGUCGAACUCAAACCUGACCAGUCCCAGGCCUGGAUGAACAUGGGAGGGAUUCAGCACAUUAAGGGAGAUUAUGCAGCAGCCAGGAUGUACUAUCAGCGAGCCCUGCUUCUGAGCCCUGGUUCCAAACUUCUGAAGGAAAACCUGGCUAAGCUGGACCGGCUAGAGAGGAGACUGACAGGGGGCGCGUAAGCCACCACGUUCCCACAGACGCUGCAUCAUCCUGGGCAAGGAUCAGGGGGGGGCAGGGCCCUGCCUAGCCCUCUGGAGCCCAGACACCAGCCACCAGGCUGCUGGAUAAAAACAGACCUGGUUACUAAGACAACCUGCUUGUGACAGAGCGAAGGAGGACGGUAAACUUGUCAGGACUGCAGGGUGUUUGUGUGCUGGAGCCAAGGAGAGUGGUUGAGCUACAAUCCAGAAGCUUUUCCUGGGAUAAACAGAAAGGAAUGGCUGGGACACCGCUGGGAGCUCCAUGCAUUACCCCGUCUGCAUCAGCUUUACUUCAACAUGCAUAUCUGCUUUAGACAUUUGGAUUUGAUUGAUUUAUUAUUUAGGUUCAGAGAAAGUAAUUUCCUUUAUGGCACUUAAUCAGAGAUUAUAACUGAGUCCUCUGCUCUGCCUAUGAGAAUUAUUCAUGUAUUUACAUUCGUGCUGUGAACGUGUGUGUAAAAUGUUAUCAUGAGAGGAAUGAGCACGGGAGUUCAUUCUUCACUUUUGGGAAUAGUAUGUGUAACAAAAUAUUCUCAGCUCAGAGGUCCACUUACUAGCUUUUCAGAGCCAUAAGGUAAAAGGUGCUUUCAAUGGAGCUGCCUCAGGUGUCAUCAUGUGACCUCACAGGGGAGCAUCAGUCACAUGAUAGCAAGUCGUCAGUCAGAACUGCCCGGGAAGGGGUCAGGGUUAUCCAGACUCAUUUGUCUACUGAUUUCUAACAGAAGGACUAAAAGCAACACAGUGUGAAACUCUUUUCACUCUCUCAUAGUGUUUUUGUGAAUGAAACUUGCCCACAAAUGGAGCAGAAAAGGUAGCCUUAUGUAGAAAUGAAGGGAUUCCUGUUAAGCUGAUCGAAUCUCACCAACAUGCACCUCCUCAUGAACAAAUGGCAUGCAUGCAGUGGAAAUGAGCCAUUUAGUGGAUCUGACUCUGAACACUUGGACAAUUUGUACAAACAAGAAAUAGGAAAGAAUAAGAGUAAGAAAGUGUUCCUACAUGAGGCCUAUUGUUUUACAAAUCACAAGCUAAGUCUCCUAUCUUGGCCUCUCGAGUCAAAGCCAGGUACUACUGAAACGGACAUGACGCAGCUUAUCUCACUGUGGAACACUUGAAACUUCCACUUACAAUUGUAGUGGUGCUUUUUUCCCCUCACAAACAAUCUUUGGGCACAUUCAGCUGAAAAUAGCCACGAGUUUCCUUUUGACCUUCUGGCCAGUAACUCUGUGUAUAUUAGCUGCAGUUGAUUAAAGCUGCUACCAGCUUUAACUGGUAAAGCUAUGGUUACAACGCCACCUGACAAUGAAAACCUUGAAUUUGAAAAUGAUAGAAGUCAUCAGAUUUGUGACUCCCAAGUCAUGUGACUCAAGCUCACACCUCAACACUCAACCAAGACAGGGGUUACAAAUUCCCAAUCUGCAUGACUACUUCAUACAUAUUGACUGUGAGAUAUAAGUGAAAGCUCAGAAAACUAAGUAAAUGGACCUUUGAGUUUAGGUUUGACACAAGAUUAAUUCUGAUCCCACUCUCUCUUGGAGUACAUCAGUGGAUAUAACAAAAGGCAAAAAUCUGUAUAGCUCUCAAAUUAUGACUAUGACUAGAAAUGAUUAACAGCUGCUUUCUCCUUAGACACAAACUAUUCCAUGUUCAUCCAACCACCAUUUCCAGAACUAGCUACAGUGUACGACCUGAUGUCACAAACCUUCUGCAAGCAUAAUAAGCUAGUGAGUCUGUGUGAGGAGUUGAAACUUGUGGCUUCAUGCGUCCCAUAACCUCUGAAGAUUGCUAUUUGGUUGCUUGUUGUGGUUUUGUUGACAGUGAUGUUGACUGUGAAUGAAUUUUGAAGUGAAAUACCAUUUGGAUGAAAAUGAAGUGACUAGUGCAAUGACUAAAUUGCACCAAGAAAAUAAAGUAUAUGUUUUAUUAAA